UUCCCCGCCGCUGCGCAGCCCAACCUGAUCAGGGCGCAACAGAAGGAUGAGCUGUACUUGCAACACCUCACAGACGGCUGCCACGACGUGGUGCGGCGUGUGCUGGGCCCUCACCGCGCGCUGCGCUGGGCAGGCGAAACGCGCGCGCUGGCUGAGCUGCUCUACUACUCAUUGACCACUGGCACAGGGCUGCAGACGCCAGGAGAAGAGUAUUGCGACGUCCUGCAGGUGGCUGGCACAGCAGGGGCACCGCCGGGCGCCAUGCGGCGUGGCCUGCUGGUAGUGCUGCAUUCGCUAGGACCCUACUUGGCAGACCGCCUUGCAGCGCCAGAGGAUGAUGGCUUUGCAGCCUGGCAGCAGGCACAGGCUGAUGCACAUCCGAAUGCAACAGCGGUGGCAUUGCAGCACCAUGAGCAGCAGACGGUCACGACAGGAGCAGCACUACUGCAACGGCUGGCAUCUGCAGGACGGCAGGUAGCGGGUGCAGUGCAGCGGGCAUCGCAGCCUGUGACCACCCACCUUCCAGCUGCAACGGCUUUCUUGAAGGUACACGGGACAACAGUGAUGCGCAUUCAUCUCGCCCUGUUCUACAUGUAUGGACUGUACUACCAACCAGUCAAGCGUGUGGCAGGGGUGCGCUAUCUGUUUCUUGGGCGGGCCUUUGAGGGGCGACCUAGCUACCGAUUCCUUGGCGUGCUGCUGGUUGCUCAGCUGGGCAUCUCUGGCCUGCUCUGGCUGCUGAGGCGGCAUGGCGGCCCGCUGCAGCUGUGGGCUAGCCCAAGAGCGGAGGACGCAACCGCACGGCGGCAGGCCCAUGCUGGGCUGCAAGCCGAGGAUGGCAAGCCGCUCCCCAACACCAUUGCAGCCCUAGCAGGGGGAUCAGGGCGGCCAACAGGAAGUGCAACGGGCGAUGCCAGCACAGAGGUGCCCAGCAGGCGGAAGUGCCCGCUUUGCCUGUCGGCACGAGCACAUCCCACCGCCACGCCAUGCGGCCACAUCUUCUGCUGGCAAUGCAUCACUGACUGGUGCAACCAAAAGCCUGAAUGCCCACUGUGCCGCGCUGAUUUCAACCCAUCCUGGCUUGUGUGCGUGCGCCAUGCCGAUUUC